AUAUAAGAUAUUAUUAUAUACAAAAAACGCAUUGAAUUUAUGUAAAACGUAUUUAUGAUUAAUUUAAAAUUAUGAAAUACAUAUAUUUACUACUUAUAUCCAUUAUAUUAUCAUUAUUUAUAACAUUUAUUAAGGCUGAUAAUGAUUAUAAUAAUGGUAAUCAAAAUAAACAUUCAUAUCAUCACAAUCACAAAAGAAACUAUCAAUCUAAGAAUGUCAACAGUAAAUCAAAACAAUAUUCAUAUAACAAAGAAAAAAGGAAUAGUAACGAUGAACAUCUUGAAAGAAAUAAAAAAUCUAUUCAUCCUAGAGAUCAUGAUUAUGCAUAUCGGAAUGAUCAAAUAAAAUCUCGUGGAAAUAGUGCAAAAAGUGGCAGUUAUUCAGAAAGUACAUAUUUCUCAUUACAUACUGGAACAGAUAUAUAUGGUCGAAGAAAGUAUUAUUCACGAUUUCAAACACGUGGACGAUCAAAUGGUUAUCGUGAAAAUAUGAUUUUUAAUAUUUUUGAUGUAACCGGUAAUAUUAAAAUGAAUCAGAAUAAAAAUCAGUUGACAAAAUCCGAAAAAAAAGAUAGUUACAUAAAAAAGAAUUAUAUUAAUAAUAAAGAUUAUAAUGAUAACACGAAUGCAAAGCCGGAAUAUCCAGAAUCAUCAGUCUACAAAGACGGAUACAGAUCAUUACACAAAAACUUUACUACUAAUUAUGGAAACUCGACUAAUGCAUCAAUUCCAUUAACCGGUAAAUAAUCCCAACUAUAAUCAAAAAACUUUUGUAAUUAUUCAUAAAUGGUCUUCAUGUUAUGCAAAAAAUGAUUUUAUUUCUUCAUUAUUUAAAGAAAACUAUUGUAUUUCUUUCUAUUUUAGUGAAAACAUUGUAAAAUCACUAGUAAAGGGUUAAAAUUUUCCGUUUCUAAUACUCAGAACUGCAAAUGAUUAGAUCGUUGUUCCUAUAGAUUCAUUCCAACGCUAUGACCAUAAAGAUUUGUUGAGUAUAAUCGCCAAGUUCCUACCUUCUGAAGGAACAUAUAAACUUAUGACUUCCAGUUCACAUUAGCAGACACACGGAAUAACGCAUUCAUUACAUAUUAACAACUUCAUAUUCAUUUAAAAACCUAGUAACCAUAUGUAUUCAGUAGUUCAGUAGAUAACAAGUUCAGCGUUUGAAUCGAUAAGUACAGAGUUCAAGUUCCAACAUCAAUAUUCAGCUAGAGUUCCUAAUUAAAUGGAACGAACAGUUUGAUUUUUGUAACUAGACAUAUACCUGAUAGACUAAAACAUUAGAUAAACAAUCUUUGAAAAAUAAAUUUAAA